AUGAAAUCACUCAUUACCUUUGCAUCAAUAUCCAUUUUUGCGACAAUAGUAACCUCUUAAAAUUCUACGUACAAAAGAGGAUUGACAGAUCAUUUCAUAUAAUUCUUGAAUCUAAACAAGAAUUAUUAUCCUUACAAUUUCAACAGGACCGAGUUUUUCGGUGGAUCAUUCGGAGGAAAAGAUAAUGAUACUUAACCUAUCAACAAAGUCCCAGUUGUCUUUGUGCAUGGAGCAGCUGAUAUGGUCAUUGGCGAGGAGUGGGCAAACGAUGGAUUCAGAUAUGACAUCGAGUAUUUCCUCUAGAAUGGCUAUACUAAGGCUGAACUUUAUGGUUCUAUGUGGGGAUUCGCUGAUCUUGCUGGAGAAUAUAACCUCAAACAUGAUACUGAAUAUGUAAUAGCAAUUCGUAGAUUCUUAGAAGCUGUACUAGACUAUACUGGUGCAGCAAAGAUAGAUGUUAUUUCACAUUCAAUGGGAGUAGCUCUAUCAAGGGCUGCAAUCAAGGGUGGCAAAUAUCUAUUGAGAGAUAUUGGAUAUAUCAAUUUAAAGCCUAUUAAUAAGAAUGUAAGAACCUAUAUUGGAAUUGCAGGACUCAGUUAUGGAGCCCUUGUAUGCACAGAAGCAUUCUACUAUGAUAAUUUCCUUGGCUGCAAUAAAUUCAAUGGAUAUUAUCCAGGUGUAUUGGACAAGUACAACAAGGUUGUCAAUGUAUCAGAAUUCUUAAACAAUUUGAACAAAGAUAAAACCAAAGAAGGAGACCAGGCUUAUGCCAUAUUGAGUUUAUUCGAUUCACCGAAGACUUAUAAUGACAAGUAUAAUUCUGCUUUUCCAACAAUGGAUAUGGCAUUUAUCUUUAACAGCAGCGAGUAUGACCACGUUGGUGUGAGAGAUAAGACUCAAGAAUUCCAACUCAGACUUCUAAACUCAUAUCACCCAUCUGAAAUUCAAGAAACUGAGUUCAUGUUUAUGACAAAGUCCUAAGGUCCGAAAAAUGUUUAGGAUGAUGAAGAGAAUGAGGAGGAAAAGUAAGGUAACUUCCUAGAAUGA